AUGACUCCAAAUUACAUUCAACACCAUUUCUACCUUGUGGAUUAAAGUAUGAAACAUCUACUAACUAGCGACUCGAAAUAGAUUGUAUAUAGUGACAUUGGAUUGAGCGAGGUUAGAACUAAUUGCACAAAGCUCAAAAAUUUCUAAGAUCUAGAACAACGCAAUAUUUCGGUAAAGGAAAUGAUAACCAAAUAAGCUAACUGGAGACCUUUUAUUGAAUUUUAAGAUAAAUCAGAUGAAAUGGUUGUUACGAUAGAAUAUUGCACCAAUUGCAAAGAGCAUUAGAGAUCGACUCGACAUAAUGAAGAACAAUACUUAUCCUAUGCAUUACUCAUUAAACAAUCAAUCUUACUCAACUAUCCAGAUAUUAAAGUGUAUCUGAAACCUUUAGUUUUUGAUAAUGACAAAACUAUCACUUCACUCUUCCUUCAGAGACGCAUAGGAGCUUUUGAAGUCUAAUUUUAAGCCAAUGGCUAACAAUCAUAAUUAUUUAGCAAGUUACAAUCCAAAUCUUGGCCCAAUGUCAAUGAUAUUCUUAAAGCCAUUCAUUAACAAUUCAAAAAAACUAAUCUACUAAUUUAAUUAGUCUAUAAUGAUGGCGAUGCAAACCUAAAAGGGAUUAAUGUAACUAUGCAAUCAAUCCAAAAUAAACAACUUGCAUCAAGUUAACAUUUGCGUCCUCAAAGCAGACUCUCAGAAAAUAGAUCAUGCAAAUCAACUUCACUUCAUAGACAACGAGCCUUAUCCCAAUAAAGCAAUAUUGUAAGAUAUAGUGAGAAAUCUGAUUCGUAAGGCAGAGUCUUAUUCUUGAAUCUUCCAAUAGACAGAUACGAAAUCUCUAUUCAAGAAUCCACUAAUAAUCAACUAUUCAAUGAAGUAGUCACCUUAUAAGAACUAGUAAGAACAGAUGGAGCAUACCAUCAAAUAAAACUGUCAAAACCUAAAUUAGCAUUAUUAAGAGUAGAAGUAGUAGGACCACAACAAUAAACAGAUGUUAUGGUUCCUUUUACAGAUACUCAAGUGCAUAUCAUUCAGAAUUAGGAGAGGAUGCUACUUAAGGAAAUCUCUGAUUGUUCAGGAAUUUAUGAAGGCUCUCUUGAUCCAGGCAGAUACACACUUGUAGUAAGCAAAUAUGGCUUUGAAUCUGUUUAACAAUUUGUAGAGUUAAGUGGCGGGAACAAUACCGUUAAAAUCCAAAUUACAACAAGAUGCACCGAAAUCUCCACUCUUCUUAAUUAAAAUACUAAUCAAACCUUAAUUAACUCAAGUUUCAUAUCCAAAAAAAAGAAGACUAUUAAACCACCAUAAUAGGUCAAUUUAAAAAUACUAUCCCUUCUUGAAGUUGGUUAAAUGUACGUAUUUGACUAUUUUUCAGAGUAAAUUAUUGGAAAGGCCAAAAUUAUUAUCACUGAUUCUAUUUCUAAUAAAAUAAUCACUUGCACUACAAACAGCUAAGGUCAUGCUAAAUUGUUAUUCAAUUACUUAAACAAAGGAACUAUUAAAGUAGAACAUGAAGAAUUUUAUACACUUGACAUGACUUAUGGAGUAAAUGAAGAGGUUGAUUUAAAAAGCUCUAGAAAUACAUUUAAACUAAUUAAGAAAACUAAUAUUUUGUCAAUCAUCUCUGAUAACAAUAUUGAAAUUUAUUAAAAUGAUUAAAGAAUUCGAAAACAAUUAAAUCAUUCAAACAUAUGCUUUUUUGAAAUUUCCAGUGAUCACCCUUAACUAUUAUACAUUAUCAUAGAGAAUUAGAAAUUCCAAGAACUGCUAUUGAAGGUCCUCUUAUCAGAAGAAGUAAUUACCAUCAAAUAACCUGAUAUCGAUCUCUUAACCUUCCCUUAAUUUUGGAUUUUAGGAAUAUGUGGUAAAUCAGAUUGUCAAUUAUACGUCAUAAAUGAAAUUGUAUCUCAUUUAGAAUUUCGAAACUUUUAUGACGAUUUAGAGAAACAUAAUUAAAACGUUACAAAAGUAUUUUCUUCAGAUUGCUACCAAACAUAACAAAAAUUGAUAUGGAAGAAUCAAUUCAUUGAUAUUAGUAAAUUACAAAUUGUCGAUGUGCUACCCAAUUGUGAUGAGCAGCCCAUUAUAUUUACAAAUCAAAAUGCAAUUAUUGAAGGCAAUUCAAUCUAAUUAGGGUCAUUUUCAUAGGAACAACAAUGUAAUAUUAUAUUGACAAAUUAACAAGUUAUGUAACAAUAGCCUUUCAAAAAUAGUAAUGCUUUAAUCAUUAAAGUACAAAUAAUUCAUAAAGAUAUAUAUGUUUAUUAUGAAAGUUGUGCAUUUGUGGCAAUUUAUGAUUCAUCAUUAAAAUAAAAAGGAUAUGCAAAAUUGGACAGUUAUCAUUGUCAAGAUUUUGAAACUAAUCAAUUAGUGGCUGUUGGAUAAUCUCAUUUUACAUUAUAUUAAUUAUAGAUAACCACAAUAAAUCCACAACUAAGUGAGAAUAAGCUAAAACGAUUAAGAUUAAUAAAAUUUACUUUUUGGUAGGGAAGAUGGAGUAUUAUCAAUUUACAGCUAUAAUUUAUAAGAAUUAGAUCAUCUGAAACUCUCAAUGGAGCCUUUAAAAAUUAAAUAUUGGCCAGGGAUAAUUAGAUCAUUUAUUUACUCGAAUAAGAUGAAGAAAAAAAAUAUUAUGUCAAAAAUUAAAUAUAGAUAUUCAAAAAAUACAUUUUAUAUAUGAAUCCAUAAGAAACAUGUCUGCAAGUUUUAACAAAUAGUCAUGUAUUAUAUUAUAAUGAUAUUUCAACACACAGAUAAUAUAAAUAAGAGACUGACCAUUCAAGAUUAAUUCUCAUAGGAUCUACGAAUUCUUAUGCUCCAAAAUGCUAUUAUAAAAAUAGACAAGAAACAACCUUAAAAUUGGAAAAUGAUAUAUGGUAUGUGGAUUUAUUGGAUGAAAAUGUUAGAUUUGGGUUAUAAGUGAAAGGACAUAUUUAAGGAAUUAAAAUAUUAUUACAAUCGAAGUAUUGUGUUACAGAUCUAGGAGAUUACAAAAUCAAGAGAAGCAAAGGUUUAUGGAUGUUUGGAUUCCUUACAUAUAAUAACCAAGAACAUAAAGUUCAUACAAUUGAAAAUCAAUUUUAGGAUGAAUAACAAUUCUAAUAUGAAAUAGUGGUUGAGACUGAGCAUUCUUCAAUAUAAGAUGACAAUCUAUUCAUCCACUCCACUUAAGAGGGGUUCUCAAUUUUGAAUACGAUCACCACUUAGAAGAUUUAAGACUUUUAUUUAGAAACUCCUAUUUCUUUACUUAAGUUAUGUAACAAUACUCUAAUAAUUGGAUUACAAAAUGGAAAGGUGUAAUUGUAUAAAAAGGAAUCAUAAUAAACAUAUUUUAAAUAUCAAGAACUGCAAAUUAGUGAUAAAAACAUUAUUGAUGUUUAGAUUAUGGACUCCUCCUUGUUGAUUUCGACGGAGGAUAAAAAGUUGAUUAUGCUUAGCAUUCCUAAUGAAUACAAAAUUGAAUAUCAAGAAACAUUUGACAAAUCAUAUAUUAACAAUAUAAUACUUUACAAUAAGAAUUAAAUGUUGACAACUCAAGUUGAUGGAAGAUUAAGAUUAUGGAAGCGAGAAAGAUAGGGGUAAUCAUUUUAAUUAAAUUAAACUCGAACUAUUUAAGCAAUGAAAUAAAUAUCUAAAAUAUAAUAAGUUCCCUGGGAAACUUAGAAUGUCUUAGUGGGUGGUGAUACUUUAAUAUUGCUGAAUGCUGAGAAUGGAAAAUAAAUAAAAUAAUAUACGAAUAGUAGUGUCUAGUAGAAUAAAAUAGUAUGUAUAUAAUGUAUUUGGAAUAACAUUAUAUUGAGUGGAAAUUCUAAUGGCUAAGUUAUUAAAUAGAAUUAUGGAAAUGGAGAAUUACUAUAAGUGAUAGUGAUUGAAGAAGGAGUGAAAAAUCUCUUUGUCAACAACCAAUAUUUCUUAAUCCAUAGCAACAAGAAACUAUAUGUAUAAUGA